GAACUCGUGACUUUGCUAAACCAACAUAACAUUCUCUCCGUAAGUUUUUUCACACGCACACAAAAACUAGAAAUUUUGCUUUGUGUGUGUAAUCAACUAUGAGUAAUUUAGGGUUGAUUAUAUUAGUUGUUGUCACAUCGUUAAUCGUUUUUGUCGAGUCUCGACAAAAAUGUUUAAUGUCAGAAGAAUGUGGGAAAGGAUGUUGUUAUCAAAGCAGUUGCACCACUAAUAAAAUACUAUGUAUGCUGAUAAAAGAGAAAAGUAAAUAUGAAAGACGAUGCUUUGUUGAUCAGGACUGCUCGAGUGGCUGUUGCAUCGAUUUCAAAUGUAAAACGAAGUGGAGCUACCAGUGUAUUGACAAGAAUACGUGCACUACAAACUCGGACUGUGAUAGUGAUUGCUGCAAGGACAACAAAUGCCAAGAGUCGAGUGUGUCUUGCCGUCCCCAUUUUUCAGGUAAAAUUUGAAAUUUUGAUACUUUCAGAUAGCUUUAACCAAACCCCCCCCCGAGUUCCUCGCGACGGCACUACUUGCUUCCAUUUAUCACUUCCUACUUUCAACGUGAAAGAUAUUUUGGACAAAUGCUCUACCUCUAGUGAUUGUUAUAUAUCCACCAAAGGUUGCUGUGUGAACGGACAUUGUGGUGCCUGUUCUCGAAGUAAAUAUAUUUCUAUUGAACCUAUAUUUAUAUUGUUACUUUAUGCUAUAGUUAAAAGCCUACACUGUCAGCACAGCAAAAAUAGGGCCAGAUCAAGGCUAAAGCACAGUAAUUAUUGCAUUGACUUUACCAACGACGAUUUGGCUUCAAUCCAUGUGCAAUUUAGUUACCUCAGUCGCAUGAGAGAUGUUUCAGUCUACUAAACACCAUAAGUGUAGCAACAACUUCAACUAGCUUUAAUUUAUAAUUUGCUUAGGUUUGGUUUAGCUUAGAUACUGAAUUACACAUACAUCCUGUAUAAAUGUUCAUGGUGCAUUUCGCCCUUAGAGGUCGAGUUUUGACAAUUUUGAGAGUUGAUUUGAAAGGAAAACUUUAAUUGGAUUACCUGUAUUGUGUGUCAAAGUUACUCAAUUCGGUCUAAUUUGGUAAUUUUUAAUUUAGUUUGGUCGGUUAUAACCAGGUCUACGCUCAAUAAACCAUACCAACAUCCUCCCACCAGUACAUAGACGGAUUUUCUGGGGGUGUUGAGAGGGGGGUUUCCGUCUGUGCACCAGUGUAUUCUCGUUCCACAGAAACACCUGUAUCCCCUUGUAGACAAGUUUAGUUUAAUGCUUCCACUAAUUUUUUUCUAAAUUUCAGAUUUUCCCAACGAUUACAAUGAUAAUAGCAAUAGUGGAAGCUCUAGCAGCUCGAGCGGUGGCGCGGGAACAGGCGCCAGUAUCGGUAUAGGUGUGGUGAUUUUCAUCAUAUUGGUGAUUUUGAAAAUUGCAUUCUGUUAUUCACGAGCACGUCGUCAGCGCGUGCUCGUUGUGCGUACACGACGAGUUGCCUGCGUCGAGGAAAGCGUGCCAAUCAUGGAGAACGAUGAGCUUCAGCGUGAACACGAACGUGCAGAGCAAGAAAUCCCAGACUGCCCACCACCUCCAUAUUCUCCAACAGCUGAACCUGGUGAAGUUGACACCCGAAAUACUGGCCAAAAUCAAGACCAAACAGAAGAGGGACAAGCCAACACAAGUGAAGGUUAUGGUGUACAUCAGGUCUCUCCAACGGCUCCACCUGCAUAUUUUUCAAGUCCUGCAGCCAAUCCAAACGAGAAUACGACUCAACCGAAUAUAAUCCAAGUGGGAGGCAUGACUGGCAAUGUUGAAGAAAUGAAUGGUGUACCUCAAGGCUCCGCAAUGGUACCUCCAUCCGCAUAUCCCCCACGUCCUGCAGCCAACCCAAACGAGAAUACCACAAGAAAACAUUCAGCCCAACUAGACCCAAAGACGAGUGGUUACCAGUAAUACCGAAGAAGCCAAUGGUGUUCCACAAGGCACGACAAUGGGCCCCGUUCUUUUUUUCUACAGUAAAGGGUAGCUUAGAAAGUUCUAACACUUGUAAAAAGCUGUGACUUGAACUUUUUCAUUAAAUGUAUAUGCAUAGACAAGUAAACAUUAGUUAGUUUUUACAAUGUAUUUUCUCUUCUUAUAACAUUAACAAUUUUCUGUGAUGUGUUCAUUGGCUUUUGUUUGUAGAUUUGUAGACGAUACCGUUGUUCAAAAUAUUAUGGUCAUAGUUUAAAACUUGUCAGUUGAAUAGAAACCGGUAAAUACAGAUAAAUCAUUGUGUUCCGCUUCACAAAUGUGUCCGCUUAAAGGAGGUGUCUGUUUAUUUAUUGUAAUAGGGGUUAAAUAAUAUUGCUUUAUUAAUAUUGGGAUGAGAUAUCUGUGUCUGUUUUAAAUGGGUGUCCGCUUAAGAGAGGUGUCUGUUUAUAGGAGUUCGACUGUACCAAGUUCCUAAAAUGACCAUGUUUUGUGAUUGGCUUCAUGGCUUGAUCUACAAAAAAGUGUUUGUGACUCUAGAAAACGUAUUCUUUUAAUUUUAUCGUGUUUCGUUGUUGUCGCAUAAACUUUUCAUGCAAGUUGGUGGUGACCCCAAGGAGCUAUAUCCAAGAACAUGUAAUAGUACCAAACACAAUACUAAUAAAAAGUUCCAGUAAGAUGUCUAAAACUGGGAGACAAAUCGGCAACAAUUCAAAAGUGCUGGAGCCAAUGUAAUAUUUUUUCUUUUGAAAUUGUCUCGACGGGGUUCAAACAAAAACAGACAAGCAAUAUCGUGAUGAAACAUCAUUUGAAAAAAUAUACAUUGCAAAGGCAAUGCCGAUAAACAAGGAAGUCGACAGUCAAACAGUGCGAAGGGUUCUUGAGUUUGCUUAAAAAAACAUACUAUUUUCUUGGUAAAUCGCCAAUCUUUUUCACAUAAAGAAACUGGGAAUUUGUUCUUGUGUUAUAGGAAUCAACAAUGACUAAUGUGGAAUUGAUUAUAUUGGGUUUUGUCGCGCCAUUCAUCGUUUUUGUCAAGUGUCAAGAAAGAUGUUUACGAUCGCAAGACUGUGAGGACAGUUGUUGCGUAACGGAACAUGCAAAGGAGACGGCUUUUAUUAUGAAUGCAGUGAUAAUCAAUGCUUCUUUGAUGAUUCAGACUGUAUAGAAGGCUGUUGUAUCGGUUUCACAUGUAAACCAAAGACAAGCUACCAGUGUACAAAUAAACGAAUGAACGAAUGCACUGAAAACGCGGACUGUGAUAGUGGUUGCUGCAAGGACAACAAAUGCCAAGAGUCAAGUGUGUCUUGUUUCCAUUUCUCACUUCCUACUAUCAACGUGGAAGAUAUUUUGGACGCAUGCUCUACUUCCAAUGAUUGUUUUUCAACUGGCAAGGGUUGCUGUGUGGAUGGACAUUGUCGUCACUGUACUCAAAGUAAAUAUAUUUCUAUAUUGACUGACCUAGUUUUAUAUCAUGAAACGUUUGUGGUAGUUCAAAGCUAUGUUUCCACUGCGAGUCUUGGCCUUGUCUGAGCCGAGCCAAGCCAAAGUAACUGUGACACGUUUACACUGUUUACUUUACCACAAGUAUUGGUUUAGGCCAGGUCGAGGACAACGAUCGCAGUAGGCCAAGAUAUCGUGGCCUACUAGGUCAGGCCUAUACUGUACUAGGCCAAAGCUAGUAUGCACAGCAAAACGUUGGACCAAACGCUAGGCUCAGGCUAGACCAAUGCUCGCAGUGUAAGUACGGUUAAAGGGUAUUGGUACACAGUGGUUAGUGGAAAGCUUUUCACCAUUACAGUAUGGUUUAAGUUCCAACAAUAUGCAAUUUACUUCAGUCGCGUAUGAGAAGAGUAAUCCGGUUUCAGUCUACUAGACCCGACAGAUUUUCAUCAGCGAGCAAUUAUAGCAACACUACAUCAGUUUGAAUUAACUUUAAUUUAUUAUUUGGUUAGGUUUAAUUUGGUUUAGCUAAGUAGUCUUCGUUAACUCACGGGUUAGCUAUAUUUGGUUAAGUUCGGUUUAGCUUAAUUUGGUACAAUUUAGUUUAAUUUUGUUUUCAGUCAGUAUGCUCCGAUGUUAUACAUUUUCCUAGUUCGGUCUAAUUUGGUACAUUUGAUUUUGAGUUGGGUAUAGGUCAUAAUCAAGAACCUUCCUCGUAACAAACCCUCCAUCACCCCUCCCACUUUCAAACUUUUCGCUCCCCAGAAAUACCUGUAACAUCAGCUAACUUGGAUCACCCUUAGAGUUUCGUUUAGUUUGAUGCAUCCACUUAUUUUUUUCUAAAUUUCAGAUUCUCCUUACGAUUACAAUGAUAAUCACCAUAGUGGAAGUCCUAGCAGUGGUAAGCGUACGGCCGGCUAUGGUGGUCUACGUCUUGUAAUCCUUGCCAUUGCCAUUGUGGUUUUAAUAAAACUCGCAUGCUGGACGUGUUGGUAUCUAAGGUGGUCUGCACGCCGUAAGGACGUGGUCGAGUAUAGACAAGUUCACUCAAGUGAGUUUCCACGUGAACACGAACGUGCAGUGCAGGGAAUCCCAGACUGCCCCCCGCCCACAUAUUCUCCAAGAGUACCUUGUGACGAAUACACCCAAAAUUCUGGCCAAAAUCCAGACCAAACCCAAGGAGAAGAAAAUGUCAGUACAAGAGAGGGUGUGCAACAAGGACCCACAAUGGGACCACCACCCGCCUAUUCCCCACGUCCUGCAGCCAAAUCAAGCAAGAAUAACAAUUCAGCUCAAGAAGACUAAACCCAAAAAUGAAUGGUGUACACAGACAAAAAUCUCACAAACAAGCUGUUAACAAGUUGUCUUCGUACUGCUUGUCCCAAGUUGUCAACAGGUGUGGAACAACUUGUUAAAGUGCAUAUGACAUGAAAUUUCUUAUUUUCUUAAACGAAAGAACUCUUUAAGCUGUAGUGUGACUUAUUUUUCAGUUUCUUUUUUUAUGGUUUGUUCCCGAGAUAUUUCAAUUUGUUUGAUAUGUAAAUGAGUGUGAAUAUGUCCGCUAAUUUAUGACGUCACGUUGGUUGCAAGCUCAAUUUACACUGGUUAUAAAUCUAUUAACUCUACAAACUGUAGACAUCUGUUCACGUUUUUCUUCAGUGUUUCAUCACAUUUACCAGUGAGUGAAGUUUGAAAUUAUCAUCUUGGAUGAUAGCAGUGAUAUUCAACCAUUUUGAAGAGCUUGCAACCAACAUGACGUAAUAAAUUAGCGGACAUAUUCACACUUAUUUACAUAUCAAACAAAUUGAAAUAUGUCGGGAACAAACCAUAAAAACAAGAAACUGAAAAAUAAGUUACACUACAGCUUAAAGAGUUCUUUCAUUUAAGAAAAUAAGAAAUUUCAUGUCAUAGACACUUUAACAGUUAUAACAAUCCUGUUGAUAUUAUCAGAUUUGUAGCAAGGUUGUUCCAACAAGUCCGAUACAGACAUGAUAUAGUUGCAAACCUGUAACAAACUUCUGCGUUUUUACGUGUGUACCACAUAGUUCCACAAUGCGACCGUUUAUCCUAGGAAGUACCAACUGUGAUCAGUCGUGAGGGAGGGAGAUCUUUUACAGUUUCAACAAUUAAAUUUUGGAACAGUCUCCCAGCUGAUUUUAAAGAUCUAUAUCAAGACCUUGACAGCUAUGAAAGUCUAUUAUAUAUUUUAAAGAUAUGUAGGACUGUUCUUAGCUUUUAAUUUUAGGACUGUAGCUUUAAUACUUUUAUCCUUGUUCUGUGUAAUUUGAUCUUAGUUUUAAUGUAGGGAGGCACACUGGUUUGUCAGCUUUUAGCUGUUCUAUGUAAACCUCGUUAAAUAAAGUUAAAAUCAAUGGUGAUCCACAGGGAAACACAAUGGGACCCUUUAUUAUUUAGAUCAGUAAAUUGUCGCUUAAGUAGAUAAUAGUCGCGAUCAUAGAUAUAGGAGAUCUAGAUUGCUAACGCAUACCUAGCGCAGGCGGGGCCUACAUGAUAAAUCCAAGAUGGCGGUACAACAGGGCAAAAAGACUAUAGAUUCUAUUACGAAAAUCAGGAUUUUUGCAUUUUUGCCGUCGCAUUGUUUCGAAACUUAUUCGGUCAAGUUUUAUGGUAAAGAGAAACUUACCGCGAAGAUUUUGAGCAUAUAUAUGAUUGAAUUGGAUGAAAACUCGCGAAAUUAUCCAUCGAUAAAAGUUCGUGUAUAGUACUGAUAUAGUACUAUAUAUUAUGUAACUUGUACAGUUUUGCUUUAAUUUUUGCUCACUAUUUGCAUAAAAAGCAAAUUAUAACAGACCAUAGAUGAUAGACCCUCAUCCAGUGCUCUCACCAGUUUACUUCUCUAACAAGCAAGGAGGGGGGGGGGGGUACAUAACAGUUCAUUUUUCAUAAUUAUGAGGACAGAACAGAUGAUGAUGAGAGAUGCAAAUAUAAAACAUCAUUCACAAUGCUAGAUGUUAACAUAGCACAGUAUUUCGGGCAACAAAACGCUCCAAAUGACCAACUGACCAUUUCACACGAACUUUUAUCGCUGGAUAAUUUUGCGAUUUUUCAUCCAAUUCAAUCAUAUAUAUGCUCAAAAUCUUCGCGGUAAGUUUCUCUUUACCAUAAAAUUUGACCGAAUAAGUUUCGAAACAAUGCGACGGCAAAAAAUGCAAAAAUCCUGCUUUUCGUAAUAGAAUCUAUAGUCUUUUUGCCCUGUUGUACCGCCAUCUUGGAUUUAUCAUGUAGGCCCCGCCUGCGCUAGGUAUGCGUUAGCAAUCUAGAUCUCCUAUAUCUAUGGUCGCGAUGAAUCAGUGAGACAUCAUGUGACAAGCAUGCAUACACAGUUGAUAUCUGUAGACUUUCUAAAGAAUUUCUUUAUUAUUCAUAGUUAUGCAGGUUCUUUAAUAGAUUGUAUUAAGUUCUUGUUUCUAUUUCUAUAUGCGAUGUUUCCAAUAAAUAGCUAAGGAGUAAGGCUAUCAAAUCCUUUCUUCAAAACGAUUAUUGCAUGAUUAUUAUACUAGAAUAUUUGAAAUUAUUUGUAGUCUUGCUUUUUCUUGUUUCGAACUUAAAUCAUUUUAAUUUUUCCCGCUCAUAAUUAGUUUUAGAUAAGGCCAAAUAAAAAAAAUACUUGGUUAGCGUCACACUCUCACAAAUUUUCAGAGGCGGGAAGGCGUUUUUUAAAAUUUUUUACUCGUUUUUAAUUUUUUAAAAGUAUUUUUGGGGGCGAUGGGGGCGGUUUUUCCACCAUAUCGGUGAUAUUUUUUGUACUGAUGUUGCGAAGGGCGCCAUUUUGAUAUAAGAACCUUGUAUAUCCAAGACCACGCGCUCCUAUCGAUCAGUAUAUAGCGCGAAGGUCUGGGCAUGAGAAAAAAUUCAAAUAUUAAACUGCUUUAAGCUGUAAAACGAAGAGAUCUACAUAAAAAAAUUUUAAAAAAAAUUCAGAGGCUGCAGAAAUCGAGAGGCGGGCGGUGACGCUAACCAUUUUUUUUUUAUUUGGCCUAAUGUUAUUCUAUAGUUUCACAUUAAUAAUUUCCUGUUAUGUUCAAAGGUUGUUUCAAGAAUAUAUUUUCUUUUAACAUCAAGAAUUUCCUGUCACGUGUAUUUUAAGUGUUAACGUUAUAGAUCAAUUAAAAUUUUUGCUCAUGCAUAUAAUGAUAUUAAUGGCCAUGGUUUAUAACGUGUUACUUGACAAGAAACGUCUAAAAACAAGUUCCUAAAAUGAUGCAUGUUUUGUGAUAGCCUUGUUUCACAAGCAUCAGUGUUCUUUAGUUCGAUUGUGUAUCGUUAAUAUCAACAAAUGACAAAAACUGUUUAUUAUAGCGACCCAAGAGACUGUAUACAAUUAGUUAAGCUCCGUUCAAAGGAAGAUUAUAGUUGGCAGUCACGAAUUAUUACGGGGACAUUUCGAGCUCUAGAUUAACAAAGUAAAGGUUUGAACUUUUGAGGAGUGUUUCAACUAUGUUUCAACUUAAAUAAAAUCCAUGAUGGUUUUGGAAAAGCAUAAGAACAGCUAUAAUAAAGUAAACAAUCCAUGCUUUCAUCAAAGGUCUCAGAACAGGAAGACAAAUCCUAAACUGUGGGAACCAAUAUCACAUCUAUUUUCUUUUGAAAUUGUCUCAACGGGGUUCAAACAAAUAUAUAGAAACAGUAUUAUGAUUAAACAACAUUUGAAUAAAAUACAUUCCAAAGGCAAUACCGAUGAAUUUAUAAUCAACAAGGAAAUAGACCAUCAAACAGUGUGGGAAGGACCCGUGACGUGGCUGAAUCAACAUAAUAUUCUCUCCGUAAGCUUUCUCACACACAAAAACUAGAAAUUUUACGUUGUGUGUGUAAUCAACUAUGAGUAAUUUGGGGUUGAUUAUAUUAGUUUUUGUCGCAUCGUUAAUCGUUUUUGUCGAGUCUCAACAAAAAUGUUCAACAUCGGAAGAAUGUGGGAAAGAUAUGUGUUGCCUUGAUGGGAAAUGUGUACUAGAUAUGCUAGGUGGAUGCGAUGUUUGCUUUGGUGAUUGGGAAUGCACAGAUGGCUGUUGCAUCGAUUUAAAAUGUAAAACAAAGUGGAGCCACCAGUGUAUUGACAAGAACAAGUGCACUAUAAACUCGGACUGUAAUAGUGAUUGCUGCAAGGACAACAAAUGCCAAGAGUCGAGUGUACCUUGCUUCCAUUUAUCAUUUCCUACUUUCAACGUGAAAGAUAUUUUGGACAAAUGCUCUACCUCUAGUGAUUGUUAUAUAUCCACCAAAGGUUGCUGUGUGAACGGACAUUGUGGUGCCUGUUCUCGAAGUAAAUAUAUUUCUAUUGAACCUAUAUUUAUAUUGUUACUUUAUGCUAGUCAAAAGCCAUGCUUCCCCUGUGACUCCUGGCCAUGCCUAAGUCGAGGCAAUUGUGACACGUUCACAUGACUGUUUGCAUUGCCUCGAGUCUUGGCUCAGGCCAGGCCUAGAACAACGAUAGUGGUAGCCCAGAUUUUCUGUCUUAGGCUAACCCAGUUUGUCAGCACAGCAAAAAUAAGGCAAGACCAAGGCUCAAGCACAGUAGUUAGUGCAUCGCCUUCCCCACGACGAUUUGGCUUCAAUCCCAAUACUAUGCAAUUUAAUUACCUCAGUCGAAUAAGAGAUGUUUCAGUCUACUAAACACCAUAGGUGUAGCAACAAGUUUGAACUAGUUUUAAUUUAUAAUUUGCUUAGGUUUGGUUUAGCUUAGAUACUGAAUUACACAUACAUCCUGUAUAAAUGUCCAUGGUGCAUUUCGCGCUUAGAGGUCGAGGUUUGACAAUUAAUUUUGAGAGUUGAUUUGAAAGAAAAACUUUAAUUGGAUUACCGCAUGUAUUGUGUGUCAAAGUUACUCAAUUCGGUCUAAUUUGUUUUUUCGGUUAUAACCAGGUCUACGCCCCACAAACCAUACCAACAUCCUCCCACCAGUGCAUAGACUGAUUUUCUAGGGGUGUUGAGGGGAGGGGGGUCCGUCUGUGCACCAGUGUAUUCUCGUUCCACAGAAACACCUGGAUCCCCUUGUAGACUAGUUUAGUUUAAUGCUUCCACUAAUUUUUUUCUAAAUUUCAGAUAUUCCCAACAAUUACAAUGAUAAUGGCAAUAGUGGAAGCUCUAGCAGCUCUAGCAGCUCUAGCAGUGGCGCGGGGACAGGCGCCAGUAUCGGUAUAGGUGCUGUGAUUUUCACCGUUUUGGUGAUUUUGAAAAUUGCAUUCUGUUAUUCACGAGCACGUCGUCAGCGCGUGCUCGUUGUGCGUACACGACGAGUUGCCUGCGUCGAGGUGAGCGUGCCAAUCGUGGAGAACGAUGAGCUUCAGCGUGAACAGGAACGCGCAGAGCAAGAAAUCCCAGACUGCCCACCACCUCCAUAUUCUCCAACAGCUGAACCUGGUGAAAUUGACACCCGAAAUACUGGCCAAAAUCAAGACCAAACCGAAGAACAGGGACAAGCCAACACAAGUGAAGGUUAUGGUGUACAUCAAGGCUCUCCAAUGGCUCCACCCGCAUAUUCCUCAAGUCCUGCAGCCAAUCCAAACGAGAAUACGACUCAAACAGAUCUAAUCCAAAUGGGAGGCAUGACUGGUAAUGUUGAAGAAAUGAAUGGUGUACCUCAAGGCUCCGCAAUGGUACCUCCACCCGCAUAUUCGCCACGUCCUGCAGCCAACCCAAACGAGAAUAUCACAGGGCAAAAUUCAGCCCAACCAGAGCCAAAAACGAGUGGUUACCAGUAAUACCGAAGAAGCCAAUGGUGUUCCACAAGGGAUGACAAUGGGCCUCUUUCUUAUUUAGUUACAGUAAAGGGUAGCUUAGAAAGUUCUAAUCCUUGUAAAAAGCUGGGACUUGAACUUUUUCAUUAAAAGCAUAUGCAUAGACAAGUAGAUAUUAGUUAGUUUUUACAAUGUCUUUUAUCUUCUUAUAACACUAAAAAUUUUCUGUGAUGUGUUCAUUGGCUUUUGUUUGUAGAUUUGUAAAGGAUACCGUUGUUGAAAAUAUUAUGGUCAUAGUUUAAAACUUGCCAGUUGACCAGGAAGCGCUAAAUACAGAUAAACCCUUGUGUUCUGCUUCACAAAUGUGUCUGCUUAAAGGAAGUGUUUAUUGUAAUAGGGGUUAAAUAAUAUUGCUUUAUUAAAAUUGGGAUCAGAUAUCUGUGUCUGUU